AUGACAUCAGAGGCCCGCUCGUCCUAUCAGUGCUGCCGGCUCACUUCCCCCUCCAGCUACCAAACAUGGCUCCAGCUGAUGUGGGUGCUGCUGGUGUGGGUCAGCCCGGGCUCGCCGGCCCAGCAGGGCUCCCAGCCCCAGUCCAUCAAAAUCGAGGGCGACAUCACUUUGGGCGGGCUGUUCCCUGUGCACUCUCGGGGGCCUGCUGGGGUGCCCUGCGGGGAGAUCAAGAAAGAGAAGGGGAUCCAUCGACUGGAGGCCAUGCUGUACGCCAUGGACCAGAUCAACAGUGAUCCGGACCUGCUGCCCAACAUCACUCUGGGGGCCCGGAUACUGGACACCUGCUCCAGAGACACCUACGCCCUGGAGCAGUCGCUCACUUUUGUGCAGGCCCUCAUCCAGAAGGACAACUCAGACGUGCGCUGCUCAAACGGAGAGCCACCCAUCAUCCCCAAACCAGAGAGGGUGGUCGGGGUGAUCGGGGCGUCUGGCAGCUCGGUGUCCAUCAUGGUGGCCAACGUGCUCCGACUGUUUGCGAUCCCCCAGAUCAGCUAUGCCUCCACUGCCCCGGAGCUGAGCGACAACAGCCGCUACGAGUUCUUCUCCCGUGUGGUGCCUCCCGACUCCUACCAGGCCCAGGCCAUGGUGGACAUAGUCAAAGCCAUGGGCUGGAACUACGUCUCCACGCUGGCCUCCGAGGGCAACUAUGGAGAGAGCGGCGUCGACGCCUUCCUCCAAAUAUCCAGAGAAGCAGGGGGGCUGUGUAUCGCACAGUCCAUAAAGAUUCCCAGAGAGCCCAAACCAGGCGAGUUUGAGAAGAUCAUCAAGAGACUGAUGGAGACCUCGAACGCUCGAGGAGUCAUCAUCUUUGCCAAUGAGGACGACAUCAAGCGGGUGUUGCAAUCUGCCAAAAAGGCCAACCUGACAGGCCACUUCCUGUUUGUUGGCUCCGACAGUUGGGGGGCCAAAAGCUCCCCCAUUCAAGACCAGGAGGAUGUUGCUGAGGGCGCCGUCACCAUCCUGCCCAAAAGAGCCUCUAUUGACGGGUUCGACCAGUACUUCACUUCAAGAUCUCUAGAAAACAACAGAAGAAACAUCUGGUUUGCAGAAUUCUGGGAGGACGACUUCAAGUGCAAACUAACCCGCCCUGGCGUAAAGUACGAACUUGGUAGAAGAAAAUGUACAGGUGAGGAAAGAAUCAGUCAACAGUCUCAGUACGAACAGGAAGGCAAGGUGCAGUUUGUGAUAGAUGCUGUGUACGCCAUGGCCCACGCCUUACACAGCAUGCACAUGGACUUGUGUCCUGGCCACAUGGGCGUCUGCGAGAAGAUGGACCCUGUGGAAGGACGGAACCUGCUCCAAUACAUUCGCUCUGUCAAUUUCAAUGGCAGCGCAGGAACUGGAGUGAUGUUCAAUGAAAAUGGAGACGCUCCUGGUCGCUACGACAUCUUCCAGUACCAGCUAUCCAAUGUCAGCAACCCCGGCUACAAGAUUAUCGGCCAGUGGACUAACCAUCUCCGUCUCAAUUCAGAGGAGAUGCAGUGGUCAGGUGGUGACCGCAAGAUCCCUGAGUCGGUGUGCAGUUUCCCCUGCGAGUCCGGAGAGAGGAAAAAGAUGGUGAAGGGCGUUCCCUGCUGCUGGCACUGCGAGCUGUGUGAUGGCUACCAGUACCUGCUGGAUGAGUUCUCCUGCGACAUGUGCCCCUUCGACAUGAGGCCCUUAAAGAACCGCACAGGCUGCCGGCCAACGCCCAUCAUCAAGCUGGAGUGGAGCUCUCCCUGGGCCAUUAUCCCCGUUUUCCUGGCCAUCCUGGGUAUCCUUGCCACCACUGGAGUCAUUGUCACCUUUAUACGCUUCAACGACACGCCCAUCGUUCGGGCCUCUGGCAGAGAGCUCAGCUACGUGUUGCUGACGGGCAUCUUCCUCAUCUACCUCAUCACCUUCCUCAUGAUAGCUGAGCCCAGCAUCGCCGUGUGCGCCUUCCGCAGGCUGCUGCUGGGACUCGGCAUGUGCAUCAGCUACUCUGCCAUGCUCACAAAGACGAACCGGAUCUACCGCAUCUUCGAACAGGGCAAGAAGUCGGUCACGCCCCCGAAAUUCAUCAGUCCCACCUCUCAGCUGAUUAUCACCUUCAUACUCAUCUCAGUGCAGCUGCUCGGGGUCUUCAUCUGGUUUGGUGUGAUGCCACCCCACACCAUCAUCGACUACGAGGAGCAGAAGCCCCCGAACCCGGAGUUCGCCCGUGGGGUCCUCAAGUGUGACAUGUCUGACCUGUCCCUCAUCCUGUGUCUGAGCUACAGUAUCGUGCUGAUGAUCACCUGCACUGUGUACGCCAUCAAAAGCAGAGGAGUUCCUGAGACCUUCAACGAGGCCAAACCCAUCGGCUUCACCAUGUACACCACCUGCAUCAUCUGGCUGGCCUUCGUACCGAUCUUCUUCGGCACAGCGCAGUCUACUGAGAAGAUGUUCAUCCAGACCACCACCCUAACAGUGUCCAUGAGUCUGAGCGCAACCGUGUCUCUGGGCAUGCUCUACAUCCCCAAGGUCUAUGUCAUCAUCUUCCAUCCGGAGCAGAACGUCCAGAAGAGAAAGCGCAGCUUCAAAGCCGUGGUGCAGGCAGCCACCGUGUCCACGCACCUGUCCCAGAAGUCCAACGACAAACAGAACGGAGAAUCCAAGAUCGAGCCGGACAGAUCACAGUGAGAUAAGUGAAACUGGCUCCAUAUUUUUAUCACCUAAUGUCACAAGCACACACUGAGACGGCUGAUGAAAAAUCUUGAUUGUCUUUAGUUUUGCUUGGAUUCAUUUUUCUCCCCUUUACUAUGGAUUGAAUGACCAGCAAAGACGUUCCUGGAUUUUGUUUCUUUUCACACUUGUUUAGAAAACUCAGAUCUACUAAACCUUGGAAUGAAGCACAAAAGGAAACCGAAAAAUGCUCACCCUUAAAACAGACAGCUUUUUAGUACACUUAAACAAGAACUGGAAGGAUGUUGAAGUAUGUUUUGUUUCUUCUAUUUAUAAAAACAUCCACAUACACAACUCAGCUUGACAAGGGGGUAUUGUUAGUUUUAUCUUUCCCUGGGAAAUGCUAAUUAAGAAAAAAGAAGUUUAAACGGUGACCUUUGCCCUACAGGAAGAUGUACAUGUAUGUGGAAUCCUGGGGUCAAUGACGCAUUGAUUACUGGCUCCAUAAGCACUGCAUGGAUUGUGUAUUUUAUGUGUACAUGAAUGUUUUGAAAUACUGUUUGUAUGGGGUGUUAUGACUUUUUCUUCUGAUUGCACUGGAAGGAACCAGCUUUUAAAAUGCACAACCACGUCCUGUUACUAUUUCUGAUGAAGUCCCCGAGGGGAGGUGUAAUUAACCACUUUACUAUAGUCAAUCACCGCAGAAUCAUGCAGUGUCUAAUCACUAAUGCAUCAAAGCAUUUUAUUUAAAAUGGUGUUAUGUGCGUAAUUAUGAUGGUACAAGCUGGUUUUCAUUGUGGAAACUGUAGAUCCACGGCUGCAGACAGGAUACAAGUGAUUAUGAGCAGGAUAUUUAUGUUCUACCUGGUACUUUUACUUCUUCAGUGGGAAACAAUGUUUGGUAUUUCCCCAUAUUGUUUGUCAAAAUAUAGAGCAAUCACCUCCAACGUCAGACUGUAAGGCAACACGCCCAAAU